AUGUCUACCUACACACUCGAACAGGCUAUCAAGCCUUCGCGCGCUUCGAUUGUGUCGACGCUGAGUGGCGGCAAGGCGCGGGAGGAGGACGACGAGUUGCCUGACUACAUCUCGCCUGAACCGAAGAAUGCGGCAGAGAGACGGGACUGGGAGCGGAUGAGCUCGCGAAUGGAAGGCUUCCACGCGUACUUCCGCCAUUCGUUUCGGCAACUGUUCGAGUUGUCAGACGGCAGCUUCAACGAGCGCGGCAUGACCGUGCGGGAUUUUAUGCGCCUCGCAGAAGACUUCCUGAUGCAUCUCGAGUUCCAUCACAGCAUUGAGGAGCAACACAUCUUCCCCAUUCUCGCGAAGCGCAUGCCACAGUUCCGCGUGGAUCAUCAAGAAGAGCACGACACUAUUCACAAGGGGAUGCACGAGCUGAGGUGGCUUGCGAAGCGGUUCAAGCUGGACCCAACUGCCUAUUCCCCCGACGAGUUCCGACAAAACCUCGUCUCUUGGGGUCCUCUCCUUUUCUACCACCUCGACGCUGAAGUCGCGAGCCUGAAGCCUGACAUCCUGCGGCGGUAUUGGACGCUCCAGGAGGCCAAGCACCUCCCCAUGUAG